AUGUCAACUAAACUUCAGCGCAGAGCAAGUGUUGCGGGAGUGCGUAGUCGUACAGCAGAUUCACCUGAAAUGACUCUCGAUGAUUACUAUCAUACAGUAGCAAAAACAAUUUUAUGUAAUCAAAAUCCAUUAACAGGACUUUUUGCUGCUGGUAAAGAUACAGACCAUGCUUGGGUACGUGAUAAUGUUUAUGCAAUUAUGGCUGUUUGGGGUUUAUCAUUAUCCUAUAAAAAACAUUUGGAUCAAAUGGAAAAUUGGACAAAAUGUUAUGAAUUAGAACAAAGUGUUGUUAAAACAAUGCGUGGUUUAUUGACAUGUAUGAUGAAACAAGUAAAAAAAGUUGAAAAAUUUAAAUUAACAUUAAGUCGUGAUGAUGCUUUACAUGCUAAAUAUUCUUCAGUGACGGGUAAUACAGCUGUAGGUGAUAAUGAAUGGGGACAUUUACAAUUAGAUGCUACCUCAUUAUAUUUAUUAAUGCUUGGUGAAAUGACAUCAUCAGGCUUACAUAUUGUUUAUACUCUUGAUGAAGUUGAUUUUGUUCAGAAUCUCGUAUUUUAUAUUGAACAAUCAUAUAUGAUUCCAGACUAUGGUAUUUGGGAAAGAGGUGAUAAAACAAAUCAUGGUUAUCCAGAACUUAAUUCAAGUUCAGUUGGUAUGGCUAAAGCAGCUUUAGAAGCAAUGAAUGAAUUGGAUUUAUUUGGUAGUAAUGGUGGUCCACGAUCAAUUAUACAUGUUUCAUCAGAUUAUAUUUAUUGGUGUUAUUCAGUACUUAAAUCAAUGUUACCACGUGAAUCAUUUUCAAAAGAAACCGAUGCAUCAUUAUUGAGUAUAAUUAGUUAUCCAGCAUUUAGUAUUGAAGAUCUUGAUUUAGUAACAGAAACCAAAACAGGUAUUAUAUCAAAAUUACAAGGUCGAUAUGGUUUAUCAAGAUUUUUACGUGAUGGCCAUAAAACACCACUUGAGAAUGCAUCCAGAUUACAUUAUGAUCCACAUGAAUUGAAACGAUUUGAAAGAAUUGAAUGUGAAUGGCCAUUAUUUUUUUGUUAUUUAAUUCUUGAUGGAUUAUUUCAUGAAAAUGACAAUCAAGUUGCACUCUAUUGUAGUUUACUUGAAGAAUGUAUUAUUAAAGAUCCAGAAGGUGUACAAAUUAUACCAGAAUUAUAUGCUGUACCGAGCGAUCGAGUUGAAGAUGAAAAACGUGAUCCACACAGUACAAAUCGAAUACCAAUGGGUCGAAUACCUCAUAUGUGGGGUCAAUCUCUUUUUAUUUUGGCUAUGCUUGUUAAAGAAGGUUUCUUAGCACCUGGUGAACUUGAUCCAUUAAAUCGACGUCUUAUAACCGAACCAAAACCUGAAGGUUUUGUUCAAGUUUGUGUAUUAACUGAUAGUGAAGUAAUACAAUCAAAAUUAGCUUCAGUUAGUAUACAUAUUCAGCAAAUAAAAGAUCUUGAAUUAAUACAAGUUCGAUCAGUACAAGUACUACAAAAUAUUUAUGCACAUCUUGGUAAAAAUGAACGUCUUGGUCUUACUGGUCGACCAUCAUUUGAUAUGGGUCCAUUUUCAACAUCAAAGCUUUAUACAAUAUGUGGAAGAACAUUAGCAUUUACACCAUCGUUUAUGGAUCAAAAUACAUUCUAUUUAGCAUCCGAUAUAGAUUAUAUAAUAGAUCGUUUUCGUACUUAUAUAUCAUUUUUAAAUCGAAGUUGGAAUAAUAUAACGGGACGACCUGUUGUUGUAUUUAUUUUACGUUCAGAUUUAAUGGAUGUAGAUCCAAUCCCUAAAAAUGUUAUUCAAACAUUAAAGAAAAUAAAAGCUGGUUAUACAAACGGUGUACGAGUACAAAUGGGAAAAUUAGAAGAUUUUAUAAAUACGUCAUGUGUUACAAGUCUUGAUUUCGUUUUUCGUGAAGAUGAUGAUGAAGAUUCUGAAGAUAAAUUAAUGGAAUUAUUACAAUCAAGUUCAGAUUUUAAUCAAAUGUCAAACUUUUUAUCAUAUCAAAAUAUUGAUUAUCGUUAUCAAAAACGAUAUAGAAUUAAAAAGUUAGCACAAAUACGUGGUGCUGUUAAACGUAGUUAUAGUUAUAGUCAUCAUGCAAGUGAUGGUACUAUAGCACAAAAUAUUCUUAAUUCAAAUGCUGCUGAUGAUCAAGAUGAUCAAAAUGAUACAAAUGUUUUAAAUCAUAUACGUGUUGAUGAACAUACAAUAUCAACAUCAAAUAGACGAGAUAAUUUAUUACGAGACAAAGAAGUACAUGAUAUUAUUGCUCUUCUUCCACAUGCUGCAUCUAUACAAGAUCAAGCAGAUAUUUUACAUUAUCUAUGUAUGAAUAAAGGUAUUGAAUUUGAAUUUGAACAUAAUGGACAUCAUGUAACGGUUCGUGACCUUAUUCAAGAACUUUAUAAUCGUGCAUGUAAGCAACGUGUUUGGUGGUGUGUACGUCAUUGUGCUGGUAUGCUAGGAAUGCAAAAUCAAAGUAUAGCACAAAGUUUAAUUGCUAUACUUGCACAACAAAAACAGUUAACUAUUGGUUUACCACCAGCACCACGUGAACAUGUUUUAACAAGUCCAAUAACAGUUGAACAAUUAUAUAAUACAAUAGUAGCAGCCACUGGAAAUGAUCCAACAAUGGUUAUGUUAACACAAGAAAUAUUAGUAUUUUUACAUACAUUUAUUAGUACUGAACCACAAUUAUUUGCUGGUAUGAUACGUAUACGUGUAGGUCUUAUUAUACAAGUUAUGCUUGGUGAAUUAAAACGUACAUUACAAUCAUCUGAUGAAGAUACAGCAGAUCAUUUAUUAAAUUUAAGUCCAUAUGAAAUAAAAUGUUUAUUGCAUAUUAUUUUAAGUGGUAAAGAAUUUGGUAUAACUGAACAUUCAACAAAACCAGCAGCAGAAUUCGCAGAUUUAUCUAAACAAGAACGUGAUAUGCGUAUUAUACGUAAUGAAAUUAAAGAAGCAAGUACAAAAAAAUUAAGUGUUCAUUUAAAUUGGGGUGAUCAUCCAUCGGAAGAUGAUGAUGAUGAUGUUGGAAAACAUGGCCAAUGGAUUCGUCGACGACGUCUUGAUGGUGCUUUGAAUCGUGUACCUGUUCGAUUUUAUGGACAAGUUUGGCAAACCCUUGAAAAAUGUAAAGGUAUUAAAAUAGCUGAUUAUAUUCUAUAUAACAGUUUAACACAAGAAAUGACUCAAGAAGAAAUAAAAUUUGCAUUACGUGUUGAAGAAGCUCUUAAUCGUGUACCAUUUACUGAAUAUCGACAGUUGAUUGUUGAAGCUUGUGUUAUAUUAACAUCAAUUGCACUUGGUGAUACUCGGUUUCAUUGGGAUGAAAUAAUUAGUAUCGAAGAUAUUGUUUCCACAGCAAAUGGAAUAUUUUUGCACGAUCAAUCAGCAUCAGGUGGAGAUGCAACAAAAUGUUGUGCUAGUGGUAAUCCAUGUGGAUCAGCAGCUGGUAUUUGUUUACAUUUUUAUGAUUCAGCACCAAGUGGACGAUUCGGGACAAUAAAUUACUUUUUACGUGCACUUUUAAAAAUUCUACGUGUUGAUGAAACAAGUGUAUGUUCAAUUAGUUAA